AUGUCAUCAAAGAGACGAAUGCCUGUUGGAGUAACCGCCAGAGAGCCGGGCGGCAGUGCCUGGCCUCGUGGAAUUAUGGGCGAUUCAGCGAGCGACUCUGAUUCAGGAUGCGUUCUUGACGAGUUCGCCUGGACUCCGCCAAAAUUGACGCCACAUAUGGUUCAUCUUUAUUUUGCGUGUCUUCCCGAGGACAAGGUUCCCUAUACAAAUUCUGUUGGAGAGAAAUGGAGAGAAAGGCAAUUGAGAAGCCAACUCCCGCCACAGGAUUCAGAUCCUCUUUGUUGCGGGCCGUUGACAAGAAGUGAAGAAAAGGAAUUGAAAGGGUUUGAUGAAGCGAGGAAAAGAAGGGCGUUGGGACGUGGUCGUGUCGAGCGAACGCCGUACGAUGGAUCGAGGAAACGCUGUGCAGGGUGCGAUGAUGCACCACUUGAAGAGGGACAAGUGGCCGUGUAUGCCGAGAAAGUUGAUCGAUGGUUUCAUCCAGCGUGUUUCUCUUGUCACAAAUGCCAGGCGCUUCUCGUUGAUUUGGUCUAUUUCACGCACGGGAAUACGGUCUUUUGUGGUCGUCAUCACGCUGAGCAGCUCAAGCCACGGUGUGCAAAAUGUGAUGAGCUAGUAUUUGGCGAUGAGGUGGUCGAGGCUGAGGAAAGGCACUGGCAUCAUCAUCACUUCACGUGUGCUCAAUGUCAGCGACCAUUGGGCGGAAGUCGCUACGUGAGUCGGAGUGGCCGUUUCAUGUGUCUUGGCUGUGACGCGGGUAUCGUUCAUCCAAAAGCCCAGCAAUAUCCCGCAAUCAGCGGUGAUCCGUCUUUCUCGCGUUCACCGCAAUUUCCCGGUGAAUGUGCCGGUUGUCAUCAGAUCAUUCACCCAAAUCAGCCACACAUUGCCCAGGGUGAUCAAAGAUGGCACACAACAUCCGAGUGUUUCUCUUGUCAUUUAUGUCAACGAUCGUUGUUGGGAAUGACAUUCGAGGUUAUUCGAGGGAAUCCUCAAUGUAAACCACAAUGCUCAUUUAAUCAUCUUCAAACGCCAUCAACCUCUCGAAAGAUGAUGACCGAAAUCGAUGAGAGGAAACAUUUUGGUCAUCUUGGACGAAGACGUGGCAGUGUGCAGGGAAGAGAUGAUAGAGAUGGGCAAUUGAAUGGAAGAAAUCAUCCAGUUGAUCCCCCUCAUCACCCAAUUCCACCCCGCACUGCUCCCCCGCCGCCACCCAGUGAAGGAAUCUAUGAGACGGUACUUGCUCUUCCUCUUCCUCUUCAAAAGAAAAGCUCUGAUCGAAAGCACAGAUCGGGGAGACCCAAGAAUCUCUACUCAUCAACGCCAAAUCAAUUGAGAAGAACCGAUUCGGAGCCCCUCUACGAUCGGCCAUUUUAUUCUACCUCAUCAGAUUCAUCAGAUGACGAUGAUGUUUAUUAUAUGCAGCAUAUGAUGGCUGCUGCCUCCCUGGCUGUGAGUCACAAAACCUUGCCCAAUGAUGUGAAAAAGGCUAAACGAAGGAAACAGAGCAGAUGCAUAGUCAGC